AUGGCCGCUGAAGAGGUUCCCCUGCAGAAUAGCGAGCUGUUCGAUGUCAGUGACUGCGUUGCAGUCGUCACCGGCGGUGGGACGGGGAUGGGCCUGAUGAUGGCAAAGGCACUCGAGGCGAACGGAGCCAAAGUCUACAUCCUGGGUCGACGGCUGGCAGUCCUCGAGGCUGCUGCUAAACAGGCUACAUACGGUAACAUCUACCCCCUGCAAUGUGAUAUCACGUCCAAAGACGACCUCGAGACGGCCGUCGAACACAUUGCCGGUGAAGACGGCUCCGUCAACCUGGUCGUGAACAACGCUGGGAUAUCGACACCGAACCUGGGCCCUCAGCGUACUCGUCCCAAUGCCAAAUGGAACAUCACCGACCUGCGCAACUACUGGUUCAGCAAGCCGUCGUUCGAGGACUACGCCAGGGUCCUGGAGGCCAACACCACCGCACCGCUGAUGGUGAGCUUCGCAUUCCUCGAGCUGCUCGACCGGGGCAACCGUGUCCGCGCAGAGCAGGCAAAGGCGAACGGCGGCCGCGCUGACUAUGUACGCAGCCAGAUCAUCAUGGUCAGCAGCGUUGGCGGCUUUGGCCGUGACAACUCGGCCUUCAUCUACGGCGCCAGCAAGGCCGGCACGACACAGAUGACCAAGGAUCUAUCGACAUACCUGACGCCGUGGAAGAUUCGGGCAAACGUCCUUGCGCCAGGAUAUUUCCACACGGAGAUGACAGAGGACUUUUACAGGAGCACAGGAGGGCGACUGCCAGCCACCAUGACGCCGGAAGAGCGCUUUGGAGAUAUGCAGGAGAUCAGUGGAACGCUUCUGUACAUGGCCUCCAAGGCUGGGGCUUACUGUAAUGGCUCUGUGAUGCUGGCAGAUGGAGGAUACCUGGCAGUUCAUCCGAGUGCCUAUUGA